AUGGAAGAAGGUGAAAUAAUCACUGAUAAAUCUGCCAAUCCCUCCAUUAUUUCUAAUGAUGAUGAUAGUGAGUUAACUGAAAGUAAUGUUGAGGAAAAACUAGAAAGUGGGGAUCAAUCACUGGAACCUGUGGAAGCUGGAUUACCUAAUAAAAACAGUGAAACAAAUGAGAAAGAUAAUGUUAACAUUUCCAGUGAAACUAAUGUUGAUACAGUGAAAACAGAACCUGAUUUUGUUGCUAAAUUAAAUGAAAAUUUAUCUGAAAUUAAAGAUGAACCAAGCAGGUCAUUGGAACAAGAUAUUUCUGAUGUCAAAGAUGAAAUUAAAUCGGAUAAUGAUAAUCAAACUAGUAAGAUGACAUAUGAUACUGAUCAAACAUCUAAACCAAUUGACAACACGAUUAAGUGGAAAGUGAUGGACAGAAUUUGGAUGGUGCGGUUCAUGGUUCAGGACACUACUGAAACUGAAGAGGAAUCAGUAAAUGAUGAUCCAAGAGGGUAUGGAAUAGAUGAUAAUAGACCGGAUGAUCUUGAACAAUUGGACUAUGAUGAGGAUGACACUGAUAUUAGAAUAAAAAACACAGAUUUGUCAACUGAUGCGUUUCGUGUAAUUGAUCGUGCCGUAAAAGUAAGAUCUGAUGGUGAAGUUGAUAGUGAUAGCGAUGAAAGACCUUGUAGAUUUUUUUUAAUGGGAAACUGUACUUGGGGUGACCGUUGUCGAUAUCUCCACCCUGGAGUGAAUGACAGAGGUAAUUAUAAUAUGUUCAGUGAUAAUGAACGCAAUAGGCAAACCCAAAGGGACAUUCCAGAAUUUCAUCAACAACCCCAAGGAUACAGAGCACCAUGGGAAAAUGAACCUCCACCUUUUAUGCCCCCUCCAGUUGCUGAAACUGCUUGGGAAAAAGGUUUGAGACAUGCAAAGGAAUUAAAAAAGAGAGCUUUGCAGCGCAAAGUACAGGAGCCUGACUUUGUUCAAAAACGUGAGGUGUUAUCUCUAAAUCUGGCUUUGAAUGAGGAUCGUGAUAUGGUUGUAGAUCAUAAACCUCUUGGACCAGCAAACAAAGGAUUCGAUCCAUUUCAGGAAAUUGAAGCGGAUGAAUAUGCUGUACCAACACCUGAAGAAAUGCGUCGUCAAGCGAGAAUGCAUCGUGAAAGACAGCGUGGGGGUCCACCACCCCCAAUUCGUCACCCACCUGGGAAAGACCACAGACUUCCGCCUCCAGAGCAUCUUUUACAUCCAAAAUCUCACGAAAGAAGGCCCCCUUCACCUCACAGGUUACCACCACCUGGCCAUUAUCCACCAGACAUGAGGAGAAUGUCACCACAUCAACCCAUCUAUGGCAAAGAUCGUCAUCCAAAAGAUUCAGGAUUUAUUCAUCGCGUGGAUGAGCAGAGAGAUGGAAAUCGAGAUAGACGUCCUGAUAAAGAUAUGCAAAGACCAGACCAGCAUUUGCCGUUGCAUGAUGAUCGCAGGGAAGCGCCUCGUGACCAGACCAAAGAUGAAAAGUCCCAAAUAGAUGAAUUCAAGUUAGCUGAAAACGGGGCCCCUAAUGUAAGAAGUGAUCAAUGGGUGGAUCCAUGGGCUCGUGCCCGGCCUCAAGCUAGAGGAAGAAAUAAGAAUAAAGAUUCUUCUUCAUCAUCAUCAGGGUCAAGUUCAGGUUCUUCUUCCCGUUCAUCCUCUCAUUCAUCAUAUUCAUCGAGGUCAUCUUCAGGAAGCAGCAGAUCAUCAUCAAGAUCAUCGGGUUCCUCACAUUCCAGCUCGUAUAGCAGUCAUUCAAGUAGAUCUCCAGCACCUUCGAAAGGUGUAAAGUCGAAGAAAAAAAUUCUAGCCUCCGCUAAACAACGCAAUGCCGCUGUUGGUGCACAGAAAGCCCCACAAAUUGUAGGUAAAAAUACCACUGGUACGAAACCAGUAACACAAAUUAAGUCAAGCAAAGACAAACAAAUUAUUCCACAGGCCAAGGCUCCACCUGAUGUUGCCAAAAACUUUUCUAAUGCUGCCAACAAUGCAUCCCUUCCUGUACCUACUAAUCUUACCAUUAAGCCUAUUGUUGCUAAAAAAGAUAAAGCAGCCAAGAAACAGAGAAAAUCCUCAAGUAGUAGUGAGUUUUCUCGGUCGGAUAGUUCAGCGUCUCCAUCACCAUCUAGAGGUAAAAACAAAAGCGGUUCUGGCUCUGAUUCUGGAAGUAGCGGCAGUUCAUCUUCUAGUUAUACUUCAUCUUCUGGUUCAUCUUCUUCAGAUUCUGAUGGAGAUAAAACAAAAUCAAAAAAUCUGCCAAAGUCUACUGGAUCAGCAGGUGGUAACAAACCUCCCACUGUUCCCAAAGUUGCUGCUCAAAAAGGUAAGGUAGCAGUUCCAUCUAAACCUGGCCGAAAAGACGUUAAAAUGACAAUCAUUGAUAAACCAGGUAUUGCUAAAGAUCGGAAACGCCCUGCUUCUGAACUUUCAGGUCAAACCAAGAAGCCACCAUCUAAUAGGAGAGUUGAAUUACUUGAACAAUUAAGGGCAGUCGAGGAUGCAAUUGCAAGAAAACGUGCAAAACUGAAUUGAUCGCGAUAAUACACAAAUGACCUUUGUUUAAAUGGUUCUUGCUGAGAUAGCACGAUGCUAAUCCAAUUAUUUGGUGACGAAUCCACCAUGAUUGUCUGAGUUUGGAGAUACCUGCUAUCAGAUGUAUUAUACUGUGUGGUGAACCUGUGUGAAACAUUGAAAGAGAGAUGAAAUGUACUGAACAUUGUCAUUGUUGCAGUAUAUAAACAGAUAUCACUCACUGGUUUCAUUUUUUCCAAGGUUCCAGAUUCCAACAUCAUUGAUCUUAUUCUCUAUGAAUUGAUCUGAUAUGCAGCAAAAUCUCAGCAAUGUUUGUAUGCGACUCUCCCGCAAUUAUAUCAGAUGCUAGGGAUAUGAAAGAGUUUAAAGAAACAAUUGCAUUACAACUUCCUUUUGAGUUGAGGGGGGGGUUGAUUUAUUAUAUUUAAGUGUAUGAUAGAAAAAAUCGUUUAAUUAAUAUUGUUGGUGUAAUUUGAUCUGACAUAUACUAGGUAAUAUGCCAUUUUAUUAUAGGAUAAAUCCUUCAAGCCGCAUUUUGCUAGAAUGGAAAAUUGCCAGUGCCUAUCUACACGUUUAGUCAUCUUUGUACCAACUUCUUUCGGCAAAUAUUUUUUACUAUUUCAGACCAUUUGAACACCUUGUUUGAUUCCAUUAGUACGCUUCAUCUGUUUUCCUCGAAAGGCUGUAUAUAACCUAUUUAAAAAGAUUCGUUAGGAACUUAUGGCACGUUCUUAAAAAAUAUGGGACCUCCUGAAGUAUGCGCACCAAGAUGGCGCACAACCUGAACGCAGGUUGUGCACCAGGUUAAGGUUCAGGUUGUGCGGCAUCUUAGUGCGCAUACUUCAGGAGUAUCAAAAUAUGUUUUCAAAUAAACUUGUAUGCUUUAAAUGUCAUUUAACUGAAGGCUAUUUAAUUUUUGAAAGGUUGAAAUUUUCCCCUAUUCAAUUGUACCAUCUACAAUAAGUUCUGUUUUAGUGCAAGAUUUGUAAUGUUGGUUACUUAAUAACUUCUGUUUAUGUGUAGCUUUGAAUAUCUUUUACAAAAGACCAUUUGUUCCUUGUUGAUAUCAUCUUAACUAGUCAUUACCUGCCGCAUUAUUUGAUGUUGACUUACAGUGUAUCAUUUUUUGCUCUUUUCUAAUAAAAUUGUUUUUAAUGAGGAAAAGUGCUCUCACUA